UUGGAUAAAGCGUCGUCAGUACCAGAUGAAAAUAAUUUGAACUUUAAUCUUGUAAAAAAUAGCGCAAAAUCUUUAUCAGCAAAUAAUUGCAGUGGUGUCCAUAAAAGCGUUGUAUCAAGUGCUGCCGGCACUAGUGCGGGAAAUGGAGGUGAUGAUUAUCAAUCAAAGUAUUACAAAAGUGAUAACAGUAACAAUUUGAACACACCCACAACGAGUAACGUGUUGGAGCAUCAGCACAUGCUGAGUGAAUCAAAUGACAAUUCGAACAAUAGUGUAAGAAAUUCACCACUGUUUAAUGGAUGUAAAAGUGUUCUACAACAAGCGCAUUCAUUGAAUAACUCAAACAAGCCUUCAUUAAGCAAAAAUGCAUUGCUAAGCUCGUGCCAGGGAUCGUUCCAUUCUUUACAGGGUGGUCUAAGCUCAGACAACAGCACAUUUGUGCAGCCGUAUGGUAGUAGUAUAUCUUCGACUAACUCUUCAUCAAACACAACAGCAGUUGCAAGUUCACAGCAACAAUCUAGUAGUUUAGCUCAGUUUCAUCAGCAACAACUCUCUCAACAUCGGCAAGGCUGUUCUAUAACACCAGCUGAAUCUAUAAAUGGUAGCGGCACACUAGUUUUUAGUAGAUCAAGGAUUAACAGUAAUAGUGAUUCAUCUAAUAAUAAGAACAUCAACUUCAACAAACUUAAUUAUGACAAGAAAUGCUCGAGUUCUGGUGCUAAUAUAAAUAUACAUAGUAAUAACCGUAACAAAAGCAAUAACAAUAGUAACACAAUAAACAUUAGCAGUAGUAGUAGCAGUAAUCAUCAAAGUGAAACCAAUCAAUUGAAGAGUAUUAUCGAAUUGAAUACACAAGUUAGUGAAUUGAAUAGUAAAAACAUUGAGUUUAACAGACAACUAAGUGCACCUACUGAGAACAACAAUAAUCAAAACAACCCUAACUGCUACAGCAACAGUGUUUACAAUCUUUAUUCCAAUCAUAUAUUGAGCCAAUACUACACUGGUUCGCCAAACACGAACAGUCUAAAUCGAACGAAAAAGAAGAGAAGCUUCAAACUGAACGGAAGAUUAUUCAACGCUGCUAGCACUGAUUCCAUUAGGUUUCAUUCGAAUCUCUUAAAUCAAAAUGAUAAUGAUUUGAGGGUAUCGAUUGAUAACACUUGCACAGACUCCCUAGUGACAGCAUUGGAUGAUGAAGCGCUGUUGAUCAAUGAUUACAUAAACGAUAUGGCCAAAUCGAAGGUACAUUUUGACGAUGUUUCCCUUUACGGAACACCAAAAGAGGAACCACUUCCAAGCAUUCCACCAUCUACCGAAAAACCAUCAUCGAAUUUUUUGAAAAACCAGCUUCAAGCAUGGUUUCAACCAACAGACAAUCGACUUGCCAUGAAACUGUUCGGAAGUAAAAAGGCCCUUGUGAAAGAAAGAAUUCGACAGAAGACAUCCGGUCAUUGGGUGAUUCAUCCCUGUAGUUCAUUUAGGUUUUACUGGGACUUGUGUAUGUUACUAUUACUAGUAGCCAAUCUGAUUAUAUUGCCUGUUGCCAUAUCUUUUUUCAAUGAUGACCUCAGCACGAGAUGGAUUGCCUUCAAUUGCUUAAGUGAUACGAUAUUUUUGGUUGACAUUGUAGUCAAUUUUAGAACAGGCAUUAUGCAACAAGAUAACGCCGAACAAGUGAUAUUAGAUCCUAAGCUUAUAGCAAAACAUUAUCUGAAGACAUGGUUUUUUCUCGACCUUAUUUCAUCGAUACCUCUAGACUACAUAUUCCUCAUAUUCAACCAGGUAUGUAUACCAGCUAUUGAUAAGCACUCAUGAACGGAUGCUGAAAUA